ACAUUCCGAAUUCAUGGAGUAGGUAGCAAAAUGACCUUCAUUUUCUAAUAAUUUCAACUACUCCGUGACUACUUAUCUAUAUUUUCAACACUUUAUCAACAGCUCAACAAUCUACCAACGAGCAUAUAACUUGUUUUAAUACUAGAAUACUUUCAUAGAAUCAUACUUUCGAACACGCGAUUUUUCUAAGAUGUUGCGAGACAUCGGUAGAAAAGUGAGUCGAAUUUGGUCAACGGUAAGACUCCGAGUCCUCGCAUGGAGAAUCCGGGCACGUAAAGUUAUGAUCAAAAGAUUCAAAAAGCAAAACUCAAUCUCGGUUCGCGGUCAAAAGAUUGGUCAAACUGCCCCAGCACGUAUUCGGGUUGCCUCGUUUAAUGUUGCCAUGUUCUCUCUUGCGCCUGCGGUUGCUACGUCGAAUGGGACGUGGGUCGACGGGGUACGUGAACACGAAGAAGGUGGGCUAAAGAGCAUAUUGAAAAACUCUCCUUUGCAUUCUAGCACAAUUGUGAAUGAAAAUCUUGUUAAGAAAGUGUCGAUAAAUCUUCCCGAAAACGAGAUAUCUAUGGCCCAAAACCGGGUCCUGAGAAGCCCGAUUUGCUUCCCGUUGAUCGGGUCGAUGGAGCACGCGAGUCGGAGCAUUCUUGAUGUGCUUAAAGAAGUUGAUGCUGAUGUGUUGGCUUUGCAAGAUGUGAAGGCUGAAGAAGAGAAAGGAAUGAGACCAUUAUCAGAUUUGGCUUUUGGGCUUGGUAUGAAUUAUGUGUUUGCUGAAAGUUGGGCUCCAGAGUAUGGGAAUGCUAUUUUGUCAAAAUGGCCCAUUAAGAAGUCCAAGGUUCAAAAAAUAUAUGAUGACCAAGAUUUUAGGAAUGUGCUUAAGGCCACAAUCGAUGUCCCUCGGACGGGUGAACUCAACUUUUAUUGCACGCAACUUGAUCACCUAGACGAGGAUUGGAGGAUGAAACAAGUAAGCGCGAUCAUCAAAUCAAGCGAUCAUCCCCAUGUUUUGGCAGGUGGCAUUAAUUCUCUUAGCGGAUCGGACUACUCGUUUGACAGAUGGACAAACAUCGUCAAGUAUUAUGAAGAACUGGGAAAACCUACACCAAGAACAAGUGUGAUGAGAUUUCUACAAGAAAACAAGUACAUUGAUGCCAAACAGUUCGCAGGCGAUUGUGAGCCGGCUGUGAUCAUCAGUAAAGGCCAAAGUGUACAAGGAACAUGCAAGUAUGGUACGCGGGUGGAUUAUAUUUUGUCGUCCAAGGGAUUGACAUAUCAAUUUGUGCCUGGAUCCUACUCAGUGGUAUCUUCGAAAGGCACGUCCGAUCACCACAUCGUUAAGGCCGAUCUAGUGAAAAUCAAGGAGGGUUGUCCUUGCGAUAAAGUGAGACGAACAAAGAAAAUUAAACAAAAACUUGUCAGGAUAACAUGUAACUGUGUUAAAUGCAUGUCUCCAUAUACAUCUAACGUGUGAUAUCCGGUCCAAAACUGGUUUAUAAAUCGCCUAAAGAGGGUUCUAAGUUCUAACCGUCUAGCGAUCAAAACCAGCUGUUAAAAAUAUAGUUGUAGCUUGAAAUUAGUUUGUCAAAUAUGUAUUAAUCUAUGGUUAUUGUAUCAUGUUAUGAACAAUCUCUUAAUUUA